AUGGACACAACGAAGAAACAAGAUGAAAAAUUUGAAAAAAAUUUGAAUAUUUUUGAAGACGAAGUGCAUAAAAAGCUAUCUGGAUUUUUUUACCCAUUGUUUAGGGAUAUACAGCUGAACAUGAAGUAA